CAUUCAGCAAAUUUACAUUGAGAGAGAGAGAAGAAGAAAGAGGAGAGAAAAAGAACCGGAUCCUCGAUAGAUCAGCUUCUUUACUACUCCUUUGAUCACCAUUGCAGCCAUUCCAGGGAAGCAUUCGUUGUUGACUGACUGGCUGACUGAGCAAUAACUCUCCAACAAGCUGUACCUUUACGGCUUCACUAGAGUCCGGUACUCACUGAUCGUGAGCGUCUACUCGAUUCUCAGUCCAAUCUUCCCUUUUCUGAGACUUCAUUGUAAUAAAUAUGAUCAUGAGGUGCAAACACUUUUCGUUUGAUAUGUCAAUGAGGGUUUAAACUGGGAAAGUGAAGAUGUUCCUGUCGGCGAGAUGGAGGAACGAGAAGAAUAAGAUCAAAGUGGUCUUUAAGUUGCAGUUCCAUGCCACUCCUCAGGUGGGAAUAAUGGGAUUGGAUCCAUUAACAUUAUCUGGCAUUCCUGAGGAUGUUGGGAAACCGACAAUGACGUUAGAGAAAGGGUUGGUUCGAGAUGGGAGCUGUUACUGGGAGAAUCCUAUUUAUGAAACUGUGAAAUUCACACAGGACCAAAAAACAGGGAAGAUUAAUGAGAAGAUCUACAGAUUCGUCAUAUCAAAGGGUUCAUCAAAAGCCGGUGUCAUUGGAGAAUUUUCUAUUGAUUUUGCAAAAUAUGCCAUGGCUUCUACCAAAGUUUCCUCUUUGUCUCUCCCACUUAGGAGUACAAAAUCUGGAACUGUUUUGCAUGUUAAAAUUCAAAGAGUUCUAGAAAGUGAUACAUUAAGAGAUGUCAAUGACUCUGAUGAACAUGCUAGAGUUAGGUUCAAUAGAAAAAGCUUGAAGACACAAUUUAACAUGGAUGAAGCCGAAAACAACAUCAAGGCUAAACUUAUUGAAGACAAGACUAUUGAACAGGUAGAUAUCUUAAGUUCUGGAGUUAACUCUUCUCUGGAUACCCAUAGAGAAUACCAAGUUAAGAUUGACAAUGUUAUCCAAGAAGAACGCCAAGUAUCACAAUGGGAAUGGCUAAGAGGAAGUUCGGCUCCUGAAACAAGCACAGACGAUUCUUCUAACAGCCCAAGAGAAAUCGUAUCAGUAGAAACAUCUCAAGAAACCAUAAUUGAGAAGCUCAAAGUCGAGCUAGCUGACUUAUCUAGACAGGCUUCCAUUUAUGAAUUGGAGCUUCAGUCUCUCAGAAAACAAGUAAUAAAGGAAUGUAAAAAGGGACAGGAUAUCUCCAAAGAGAUGGACUUGUUGAAAGAGGAAAGAGAUGAGCUCAAGAAAGAACUGACUCAAUAUAAGUCCUUCAGAGAGCGGUUGGACCAAUUGAAAGCUAGAGAUAGGUUGAAUUUUGUUGAAGGUGAUCCGUGGAAUAUGCUAGGCCAACUCCGCGAAGAACUACAAUAUGAAAGGAAUCUUAAUACAAACCUUAAAUUGCAACUACAAAAGACGCAAGAUUCGAACUCCGAGCUGAUCCUAGCCGUCCAAGAACUUGAAGAUUCUUUACAGCAUACGAAUCAUUCUAGUGAAAAUUUGACCGUUGUAACUGUGAAAGAUUUGAAAGAAAACGAAUCCAGUUCUGUAAUGAAUAUCGACGACGACGAUGAAGAGCAACGGGCAUUGGAAAAGCUUGUAAUGAAGGAUCAAGUGGAUUGUAAUGAAGAUACGGAACUGCAAAUCUUUAGGAAGGAUAAAGAUGAACUAGAGAUGCAGAUAGAGCAACUUGAGCUUGAUUAUGAGAUAUUAAAACAGGAAAACCAUGACUUGUCAUAUAAGCUUGAGCAGAAUGAGCUGCAAGAACAGCUAAAGGUCCAAUACGAGUGUUCUUCUUAUUCGGUUGUAACUGAACUCGAAACCGAGCUGAAGAAGCAAUCCGAACAGUUAUCCAAUUAUCUGGCCAUUACAACCAAACAUGAGAUUCACAUUCAAAAUUUGGAGGAAGAAAUAGAAAAGAGAGCGAAAAUAUUUGAGGCUGACUUAGAAAUUAUUUCUCUAUCAAAAAUUGAACAGGAGAAGAGAGCCAUUAAAGCCGAAGAAGCCUUGAGAAAGAUGAAGAUGCAAAAUGCCAGUACAGCUGAGAGACUUCAGGAGGAGUUUAAAAGACUUUCAAGACAAAUGACUUUCACUUUUGACGAGAAUGAGAAGCUGACUGUUAAAGCCCUGGCUGAAGCCAGUGAACUCCGUGUACAGAAAACUCAUCUCGAAGAAAUUCUGUGGAAUGCUAGAGAUGACUAUGAAGAGAAAAUGGACGAACUGAGAAGGGUGGCCGAAAGGCUCGAGAGAGAAAAAAAAUCUCUCAUUGAAGAAAUUAGACAUAAGGGAGACAAUUUUGAUGCUUUAUUGGCAAAAUGUUCUAUAUCUGUGGAUGAGUUAGAAAAAGAGAAACUGCAGAAGCAGAUAGUUCAACUCAAAAGUCAAUCUGCUUCUCUUAUUGGGAUUCCUAAAGAGAUAGACAAUCUAAAGCAAAAAAUGAAGUUAUUCCAGGAACAAAUAAAGCUUAAGGAGAUAGCCAUUGAAACCUCUGUAAAUUUGUUUUUGGGGAAAGAGAAAGAUCUCCUGUACAAAAUUGAAGAGUUGGAAAGACAAUUAGAAGAGGAGCUCAAACAAACUGGCAUAACUAUAUGUGCUCAUCAACUCCAGAAGGUAUAUGUAGAUACGAUGUGUGCAACCGAAGAAGGAGAAUCACAAAAAAGUAAUCAAUCGAUAAGAAGGUCCAGAAAGCUGAAAGAGAAUGAAAAGAAUAUGGCAAUUGAAGAAGAGUUGAAGGAAAUGCAAGGGAGAUACUAUGAAAUAAGUGUGAGGCUUGCAGAGGUUGAAGGGGAGAGACAGAAGCUCAUGAUGACUGUACGCAGCCUCAAGAACUUAAACAAGAAGACAUAGUAAUAGCUCAAUCUUUUGCCAUUAAUUAUAUAUGAUCUCAAAAUCCAUUCCACAUCAUCAUAGUACAUACACAUAAUAUGAAAUAUAUUUAGUUCUUUGUUCAAAAGAAAGUCUUCUUAGUAGUAAUGAUAAUAUUUACAGAAUUUGGUGAAAUAAUGCAACCAGCUGGUAGCCUGGUAUAGGUAGUCGGUCCAAGGAAGAAAGAAAAUGAAAAAGGUCAUGUGAAGUAAGUAUUGAGAGUGUUGUGAUGUUCAUUAUUCAUUGACUCAAAUAAUUUGUAUUGUUUGUUUCCAUUUGUAAGAUAGGAGAAGGGAAGUAAUUUUCUGCUUUUA